AAUCCUAGUGGCUAGUACUAAACCGAAUUGAUCCGAGAACUUUCAACCGCCGCCGGGAAAAUGUGGAACGUGUAGACACUCUCCUCCUCCUUCGUUCUCUCGCGCGUUGAUGUAGCUAGCAACCGUAGUAGAUUGAUGAUACCUUCGCUACUCAAAUCCCUUCUUUUCGAUCCGUUACCUGCGUUCAUGGAUGAAGACGGAGAAAAACGUCACCGUUUCAGGAAAAGAUCGAGGAGUGAAGUCGAUUGGAUAAGCAGCUUACCAGACUGCUUGCUAUCUCAGAUCCUCUCGAAUCUCCCCACGAAGGAGGCGGUCAAGACCAGUAUCCUCUCCACCAGAUGGAGAAACCUCUGGAAACACGUUCCUUCUCUAGAUUUAGCCAACUUCGAUUUUUCCUUGUAUGAUCCAUACCACCCCGAGUUCGUACCAUUCGUCGACAGCUUCCUCGAUCUCAAUCCGUGCUUACACGAGUUCAAAUUGAAGUACGAUUCCGACGGAGAGAUCGAUCAUCUCAGCCGUUGGAUCAACGCUCUCGUUAAACGUAAAGUGAAACACAUCGAUGUAACAGACGAAUCGGACGUAAGCUUGGAUUUCCCGAUCAUCCCGACGACGCUUCUUUACACGUGCGAGAGUUUAGUAUCAUUAAAGCUCUCUGGACUAACUUUACCUAAUCCAAUUCCAAACCUCGUUUCUCUGCCUUGUCUCAAGACUAUUUAUCUCACUAUCGCUAAGUUCGCUGACGAGUUAGCGUUGGAGAGGCUAAUCCCGCAAUGUCCGGUUCUUGAAAGCUUAGUUAUCGAUAGGAGUUUCUGCGAUGACGUGGAGGUUUUGCGCGUGCGGUCUCCGUCUCUUUUGAGGUUCACUCAUCUUUCCGACUGUUCUGAGGGUUUGGAUGAGGAGGAGCUCGUGGUUGAGAUUGAUGCUCCCAGGCUUGAGUUUUUGAAGGUCGCUGAUCAUCGCGUCGCGAGUUUUGUGCUCAAGGAUGUGGCUUCUCUUGUGGAAGCUGAUAUCGAUACUGUGUUUAACUUGAUUUGUGAUAAGAGUUUCGAUCCGAAUGAUUUACAAAAGAGGAAUAUGAUUCGUGGUUUUCUUGUGGGGAUCUCUACAGUUAAAGAUAUGAUCAUCGCCUCUAGUACUCUUGAGGUCAUUUAUGAUUACUCAAGAUGUGAGCCACUGCCCUUAUUCAGUAACCUGACCUUCUUGCGUGUUGAGUUCUACGGCUACAGGUGGGAGAUGCUGCCAGUCUUUCUCGAGAGCUGUCCGAAUCUAAAGUCUCUUGUCGUGGGAUCUAUUAGAGGUCGGGAGAAGGAAGGAGUUAAUAUCUUGUUCCAACCUCAGUGUUUCCUAUCGUCUCUCGAGUAUGUUAAGAUAGAAAGGCCACUGGAAGGGGAAGCUUUGGAGAUGAAGCUAGUGAGUUACUUACUUGGGAACUCGAGGAUCCUCAAGAAACUGACCUUAUUCUUGGAUGUUUCCAUAAAGGCAGAAGAAUCUGCCGUGCUCAAAGAACUCCUUACCAUUCCAAGACUCUCUAGCUCAUGCCAGGUUGUUGUUCUCUGAUUGAUGAUCAUCACCAAAAUGAGCAUACAAGUUUCUUUGAGUACUUAGCUAAUAUUUGAAUUAUUUCGGGGGUUUUUCUUAGUUUAUGUCUUUAUCAUGAUGACACUUAAGUUUUCAACUUCGUAAUGAAUCAUGUUCAUGGGUUAAAUCAGUAUCACUCCACUGUGUCUAAAGACAUGCUUUUGUAGUUGUCCA